CGCGCUGCAGCUAGUCUGCGUGCGUGAGUGGGAGGCGGCGGGCCUGCGACUCCGGCCUUCCCGGCUGACUGCUCCGACGCCGCAUCUCCAGUCAUGAACCGGUUCGGCGCCCGGUUGGUGGGAGCCACGGCGAUACCGCCACCGCCGCCGCCGAAAGCCCGCAGCAAUGAGAACCUCGAUAAAAUCGAUAUGUCCCUGGAUGAUAUUAUCAAACUGAAUAGAAAGGAAGGAAAGAAGCAAAAUUUUCCAAGACUAAAUAGAAGACUUCAGCAAAGUGGUACCCGGCAAUUCAGGAUGAAAGUACGGUGGGGGAUCCAGCAGAAUUCUGGUUUUGGUAAGACUAGUGUGAGCCGUAGAGGAAGAGUAUUGCCUGGAAAGAGACGUCCUUAUGGAGUUAUCACUGGCCUUGCAGCUAGGAAAGCAACUGGAAUUCGAAAAGGAAUUAGUCCUAUGAAUCGUCCACCUCUAAGUGACAAGAAUAUAGAACGAUAUUUUCCAGCCUUAAAAAGGAAGACAAGCCUUCUGAGACAAAAUGAAGUACAAAGGAAACCAGUUGCAGUUCUCAAGAGACCUAACCAGUUAAAUAGAAAAAAUACCAUUCCAGCUAACUUUACCAGGAGCGGAAAUAAACUAAGUCAUCAGAAAGACACUCGUCAGGCAACUUUUCUUUUCAGAAGAGGCCUGAAGGUUCAGGCCCAGUUGAACACAGAACAACUGCUAGAUGAUGUGGUAGCAAAGAGAACUCGUCAAUGGCGUACUUCUACCACAAAUGGAGGAAUUUUGACUGUAUCCAUUGACAACCCUGGAGCAGUACAGUGUCCAGUACCUCAGAAACCACGAUUAGCUCGUACUGCUGUGCCCUCAUUCUUAACAAAAAGAGAGCAGUCUGAUGUUAAGAAAGUUCCUAAAGGUGUCCCUCUACAGUUUGACAUAAAUAGUGUGGGGAAACAGACAGGGAUGACGUUGAAUGAACGAUUUGGGAUAUUGAAAGAACAAAGAGCCACUCUUGCAUUCAACAAAGGAGGAAGCCGCUUUGUAACUGUGGGAUAGAUCCACGGCAAAGGAACUCUUUAGUGAUGACUGUUUGAAAAGUUGAAUUGCUUGAAGAGUUCGUCAGAGAAGUUCAAGAAACUUUACUUCAGAAUAUUCACAAGCCUAAAAUAACUUUAUUUUUGAAGGUUUUUUUUAAUGUAUAAAUAAUGCCCUGAAAGAAUAACAGGGAAUAUACCUAUCUGUUCUUAAAGAUUUCAUGGUUGGCCCAAACAAAGCAAUUCUUUAUUGACUUCUUAGAUUCCUCAUGAAGCAGAAGGAAGACAGAAAGAUAGAAAUGAUUAUUUUUUAUGAGUGUGGUAUUUAGGAUCUCAUCACAUUUGUCCAGUUUGUAGACUUUUGCCAUGGUUAAUCUUAAACUUCAGAAAUAAGAGUACAUCCCUGUGUUGUUGUCACUUAUCAUUAAUGUGCUGAGGUAAUAAGUACAGUUGCCUUUUUGUCAUUAGUGGUACUUUUUAAACUAUAGGAGAAUUUCAGUUUUGGCUUUUAAGAUUUAUGGAAGUACUUAGAACUUGGCUUGUUUUUUUCAGUUAUUGUUGGAUUAAACCCCCUGAGUUCUAAGCAUUUAGUGUUGAACUUUUAAUAAGAAUGUGGCUCUCAGAACUAGUCUCAGCUCACAACGUGUCAGGGCUGGAAAUGCUUAUUUACAAAAUUAUCUGGCAGGGCCUUGCAGGAGAUGCUCAAUACAAACCCUCAUAGUUUGUCUUUAGUAAAUGAAGAAGACAUAAAAAGUAGUAGCAAAUCAAAGGAUUGGAAACAAUAAAAAAUAAAAACCUGGGUUAUAGUUAUACUCUUGAUUUAGUGCUGUCUUGAGUUUAGGGCCCACAGAUACUUAAAAGAAUUUCACUUUUUAAAAUGAAUAGAAUCCUUGGGUAUUUUGACAGUACACUUACCAGACAUAAAGUCCUUUGCUUCAUAUUCAAAAGUUUUUUUUUAAAGUUAGAUAAGUUCAAUAAUUUACAACUCCCCCAAACAAAAAUCUACUUGUCCGUGUCAGAAAGAAAAAGAAAAGUUAUAAUGAAGUUACACUUAACUGUACACGUUCACUGUGUUUCUUUCCACCACCACCACCCUUUUUUUUUUUUUUUUUUUUUUUUUUUGAGACAGGGUUUCUCUGUAGCUUUGGUGCCUGUCCUGGAAUUCACUCUGAAGGCUAGGCUGGCCUCGAACUCAGCAGAGAUCUUCCUGUCUCUGUCUCCCAAGUGCUGAGAUUGAAGGUGUGAACCACCACCACCCGGCUCACUGUUUCUUGUUACUCAAAAUUCAGGCAUUAUAGAGAGAAAGGGCUUUUCUCUUACUCUGGAGGUCUGCUAUGCCAAGUGCUGAGAGUCCUCACAUAGUUGUACAAUUUGUAUUACAGUAAAAUGCCAAAAUGCAGUGACAUAUUCCAGCUACAGAUUAUCAAGAAUGGUCAUUUUGAAGCUUGACUUUUUGUUUUGCUGUGAUUUCAAGUCUCCGAGUGUUUAAGCAUCUCUGAUGUGAUUUCUCCUGUAAAACGAGACAAAGUACUAUGCUUCCUGCCCGCCUUCAUUGCACCCUAGACUCCAUUGUCUUUGAUGCUCUUUGAAUUUAUUACUGGCUUAUUCUAGUUAUGGAAAAUCAGCAACAAUGUCAUGCUUAUACCAAAGAUCCAAAUCUGAUCCUCAAUGUCUGUUAUUUGCUAGUACUUCUACUUGAUAAGGGAUUUUUGGAAGCCAAUCAUAGAACUUGAAAAUAAACUAGUUUCUCCUUAGCUGUGAUGCUUUUCAUUGAGGCCAAGGACUCAUUAUAAAACAUUUUUGCCAAUAUGGAUAUUUAUAUUUGGUUCAGGAACAAAACAUUUUAGAGUGGUUUGCUGGUAGCUUAUUUUAAAGCAAAGGAAAAACAACUGAGCAUGAACACUAUCUUUGGAACAAUUUGUGAAAAUACAAUAUAAAAAUCUUUGUUUCCUGUUGUUUUGAAUGUUAUUAUACAGAGGUAUUAGUAAUUCCAUUUUUUGGAAAAUCUUAAAAAUUGCCCAAAUGUUGACACUAAGUACAUUUGAAAAACAAUGUCUUUGGUGUAGUAAAUGUUUGCUCUUCAUGCAUCUGUAAUUUAAUUUUCUUUCAAAGUGAAUUUUGCCUUUGAUACAACUAAGUUAAAACUCUUGAGUGCUAACAUGUUGUAUAUAAACAAAACAAUAUGCUUUGUUGAAGGAAAAUUCCCUUUCUUGGAAUGUGGUUGUGGUCAUCCUUGUUCAGUUUUUGAAGCCUUUUUUUUUUUUUAAUUUAAACAGGGUGCAACUUAAAUUUUCCUUUGCAUCAAGGUGUAUGUAAACAUUGAUGCAGUGCAUCACAAAAUGAAAGUUUGUAUUUAGUGAGGAGGUGCUUUACACUGUACUUUCUGGUGUUUUUUGGAAAAGUUACAUUAGAUUUAUUCUGAAGCUGUUCAUUUUUGACAAAUAAAAUGUAACAGGUUUCACAUGA